AUGUUUUCAGCAACGGUAAUGCUAUCGCUCACUUCAUCACCUGAAUUCAUCGAGAAUCAAAAACAAGAGUCUUCACGGCCCAUUUUCCCAGCACCAUGGACAAGGAAGAACAAUGUCAUCAAGGUGAAAAUACCCGAGGAGCUUCCUGUCGGUCACGUAAUCUAUUCUCUUCCUGCGAUUAAUCCUGUAGAUGGCUCGGUUCUUCCUGUUAAAAUGCGAGGCGAUAUGGCGGAGGCGUUCAAAUUUGACGUUGAUACC